AUGCCACCAUCGUCGUGCGAUUCCGCAAGAGGUUCGCCCAAGAGCCCCGGGUCGCUGUCUGGUUUACUGAGAUCCACCAGCCCCACGGCCGGCAGCUUGCGGACCCAGGUCACAGACGUCACUGCGCACUCCAUGACGGUGCAUAUCGACACGAACAGCGAGUUUAAGGACGCACGCGGGGCAUGGCUGGCCUGGCCGACGGACUGCGAUGGCCGCUUGAUCCGGGCGGACAACAGCACAUUCAGCUCGGGCCAGGGCGCGUCGGAGGCGCCAUGGUACGGAGGCAGUUUUUCCAAAGACCCCAAGGUCUUCUGCGCGCUCAAUGCCUACGACAUCCCGGACAAUCCCGGCUGGUUGCGUAUGUAUGCCCACCACGAGUGGGCCACUAAGGACAAGCUGCGCUGGCAAGCGGGUACCUGGGACGAUACCUCAUUUAUUUCAUUGGGUUUCUACUUCUUCUUGUCGUUGCUCGUGCUUUCCCUCAUUCCAGACUCCGCGACCAUGCCGUCAAAUACUGCAAUACCGAGCCUCUGCCCUGUUGGGGCCGCUUCCCAUACAGAAGCUCGAACCCAAUGGAGAAUCAUACGGGGCCCAGGCACCAUGCUUCAUACGCUGCCAAUGAUCACGCAGAAUGACAUACUCGUGUGCGGUGCGGGGGAACUGGUGUAA